CAACAUCUCACAGUUCAAGGCGGUUUCCCAGUGUAGGAACCGUAGAAUAAACGUCGCAGAGAACGAUAAAAUCGACCGUAGCCAGUGAUUUUCUUAGAAGUCAUAAAUUUCACUUAUAAGUUAUUUUGUGUUUGAGUACAAGCGUGUAAAAAAGAUGGCCAACGACGAAUUCCAAAAACGUUUAAAUGAUCGCGAUGUUGAAAUUCUGGAAUUAGAGAAAGGCCAAAAAAAAUUAAAAACAUUGAAGGACUUACGAAAACGGUUAAAUUGGGAGAUUAUAGGAGAACGUGAACGUUUUUACUGGCAACUGUGUAGGUUGAUCAAUGAUUGGAAGAGUCAACUUCCGAAUCUCCGUGAGUUUUUUUGCAAAGAAGAGAUCGAUUGGCUGCUCACGAAAUGUAUGAAAAUUGGUCCUGCGGCGUUGAUGAAAUUUGUGAUAAGGACAGGAUACAGAGACGAGCCCGACCUCGACGAAGACGGUAAACCAUUGCUGCUUCGCGAAACAGCGAUACAUUACGCCGCCAGACGCGGGGUUCGCCAUUGGACAUCCAAGAUUCGCGAGCUUUUUAAAGUUUACGACAAGUUCGACGCGAAUUACACCGAUGCGUUUAAUUACACGCAUUUUCACGCGGCCUGCAUGUCCGGCUGCGUGGACAUCGUCAAGGAAUUCCUCGAGCUCGGCCAAGAUCCCAAUUGCAUCGUUGAGAAAACAGGUGUUUCAGCUCUACUCUUGGCUCUGCAUAAUAAGCGAUGGGACGUCGCCCAAUUACUGCUGAGAAGUCACGCGGAUCCGAAUCGGACUGCCAAGGACGGAACGGCUCCACUUCACAUCAUUUGCCAAAUGAAGCGCGGCGACAUCCCAACGGGGGUGAUAAAAUCGUUGUUCGAGUGCAGCGACGAGAGAUAUCAUCGGGUGCUCGUCGACGUUCGGGACUCGACGUACGGAGUCACGCCGUUGCACCUCGCUCUGAGGGCGAGACACACGGAGGUGGUCGAGCUGUUGCUGAGUCGAGGUGCCGAUCCGAAUCUGGCCAACAACGACGGAUCGACCGCGCUGCAUUACAUCUGCGAUGAAGCCACCCACGAAGCUGGAGACUUGGACGAGUCGCUGUUCGAUCUAUUGGAAAAAUAUCGGCCGCUUCGCGACAUCCAAGCUCGGACCCGUGAGUGGGGUCGUACACCUCUUCACGGCGCCGCGCUGAACGGCAAAAGACGGAUGAUGGAGAAAUUGUUGAGAAAGGGGGCCGAUCCGAAUUCGGUCAAUAAAGCGGGAUGGACGGUUCUGCACUAUCUGAUCAGGCGAGAGAACGACGAUUGCGACGACGAUCUGAUGGAAAAGUUCUUCGAGAUCGCCGAUGACUUGGGGCGGACGGUGCGGCUCGAGGCCAAAUGCGACGAGGGCGCGACGCCGCUCGAGGCCGCUCUGAUAUACGGGAGACAGCGAUACGUCCAGGUGCUGCUGAGGAGGGGGGCCGAUCCGAAUUUCGUCAACGCCGUCCAGGAGAGGAAAACCGCUCUGCACAUCAUGGCGAGGCGCAUAACGCAAGACGAUCUGCCGGAUAGGUUCUUCGAGACGUGCCGCGAAAUCGGUAAGUCGGUCGAUAUAGAGGCCUUGGACUCGGACGGGAUGACGCCGCUGAACUUGGCUCUGCACUUGGGCAAAGAGAUCAUGGUUGAAUCAUUGCUGAGGAACGGCGCGGAUCCGAACAAGCACAGCCUUUUCUUCGGUCGGCCUCUGCACGUUAUUUGCCGCCGAGACAUCGACGACGACUCGGUGGAAAGGUUCCUUCGGAUCUGCGACGAUGUACAGCAAAAAGUGCAGAUCGACGCUCGAGGCAAGUCGAGGCAAGACACCGCUCUGCACUCAGCUCUGUUCAUGGGUAAUAAACAGAACGCCAGAGAUCUGCUCCGAAGAGGCGCCGAUCCGAACGCAGUCGACGACCAAGGAUGGACGCCGCUGCAUAUUAGUGCAUUACGUAAAAUAGACGACGACUCGCCGAAAAUGUUCCUUGAGAUCUGCAAGGAUAGGCAGCUGGAGGUGCGGGUCAACGCUGGAUGCAACUUAGAACGGACACCAUUGUACAUGGCUUUGCAGAACGGCCACAGAAAAUUGACCGAGUCGCUAUUGAGGAAUGGCGCGAAUGCUAACUUGGCUGACAGGAAUGGAUCGACUCCGCUGCACGUUAUUUGCAGCAGAGACGUCGACGAUGACUUGGUGAAGUUAUUUUUCGAGAUCGCCAAUGAUGUUCGGCAGACGGUCCAAAUCGAUGUUCAGGACGCUUGGGACUGGACACCGCUACAAACGGCCGUGGCAAAUCUUUUGCCAAACGUAGUAGAUGUACUCUUGGGUCGUGGGGCUGAUCUGUCUAGCUUCAUUUUUCCCACUGAGAAUUACUUUUGCGAGAGAUUUGACGAAUAUAAAAGCGACUACUGGGAUAAAUUGAAAUUGGCAUCUGGCAUUCUAGCCGUCGUUGAAUGCUUAAACAAAAGAGGCUACGAACUGGAAAGAAGCGAUUUCCUGACGAUCAUUGAAUUGUUCUACCAUUACGAAAUGUUCGAGGAAUCGUCGGAUGAUCUGGAAAACAGUUUACGCGACGACGAGGAGUUCACGAGCAUAGCCAAAGAGAUAAUUAUCAUUCCGAAUCUGUCUCUGUACGAUCUAAUUCAGUUACGAUCCGAAAAAGCUGCAAAACUACUCGCAUACAAGAACUACUUCGAGAUCGAGCGAGCGAACAAUUUGGAUAAAAUCCCCGAACAAUAUCGCGAUAUGUGCUUGAGGCACCUUUGCGAAAAAGUAUCGAGAAGAUAUUUUCAAAGGAUGGCUUUAGAACCCUUUCAGGCGCUAAUACAUUACCGACUGCCGAUUUUGUGCUGCGACAAAGUCAUUGAGAAUUUGACUAAUAAGGAUUUAUCCAAUAUAUUUGAGGCAGACGAAAUCGAAACAUAAAUGGAUCAUUGCGAACGGUGCGAACAAAGGAAAAAAAUUUAUAAUUUAUAAAUUGCAAAUUCUUUGCAGCGAAAUGAUCAUCAAGAAACUAACAAACGAAGAUUUAUGACGUAUUUGUAUGACAGCUACUGGUCACGAUUUAUGCUGAAAAUGAGCAUAUUUACCUUAAUUGUACAAUAUUUGGAAAAAAAUAAUACGCAUGUUUUAAAGUAUUUAAAAAAUAUUCUUACUGAUUUCUUCCAACAAAAUUGUAGAGAGA